CGCUGCCCGACUCCAUCAUCGCCCCCAGGGACAUGUUCGAUGUUUCAAGAUGGAGACGCAGAUUCUGUGUAAUAUGAACCCGGACCCGAACGCGAAUGAUCGACCACAGAUCCCUGGCGUGCGGCACGACAUCAAUGGUUCGGUAUAUGAAAGACCGAUUUCGCGAGCCUAGCUAACUCUUGCUCCUCCUCCUUGAUUGCAUCUGCGAUGCUUGGUGUCGAGAUAUAAAUCUCCAAUAGGCUGAAACGCUAUAGUCUCAUAUAACACUAGCAUCGCAGUAGAUGUCACUCUUCACGGUCAGCUUCAGUGACCCUCGCCUCGAGUAUACUCCGAAAAAUGCAUGGGAGUAUUCCGGAUGCGCAAACGGAUCAUCUACCAGUGGGGCUGGUUCGUCUUUACACUUCAACUUCAAUGGAACAUUUAUCGCUGUAUACGGGACCGUCGGAACAGAGCAGAUGAGCGCCAUCUUUGUGCUGGACGACAAGGACCCCGUCAAUGUCACAACGUCCGAACACUUCUCACCUCCCGAGUCAUUUUACACUUCACCUAUCCUGCCGUCCAGCGAGCACAUCGUUAACAUUACGACAACCAAAGAAAACACAUUCUUUUGCUUCAACUACUUGCAAUAUACAGGUUUUUUGAGCAGUGAAGAGACGAAUACGACGUCACCUGCAAGCCAAGCUACUGCUAGCGAAGUCCCCCACCGUUCCUCCUCGAGUCCCGAAAUACCUCUAUCCGUUGGCAUCACGAUUGGCAGCGUAGUAUUGCUAACCAUAGUCGUGCUGACCAUCAUAUACGUGCGGAGAUGGGCAUGCUUUAGACGGCGAGGCAGACGGCCGGAACAUGGGAUUGACCUCAUGCUCGAGGAUAUGCCAAAACAACCUUCUGCUGGUCUGGAUACGCUGAGGAAGUUUAUCAUCCAGCACGGAGGCACAGCACCAUCUCAUACGAUUAGGACGCCCUCCGCUCCCACCACUCAAUCAUCUGCAGUGUUCACUUCUGUCAUCUUAAUGACACCUCCAGUCUCAGUAUUGUCAGAGGAAAAUCGUCGUCCUAGGGCUCCCAUUACAACGUAACUCAUCCAUUGGAUGCCAAAUUAGGAUACGCGUAUUCUUCUACAAGCUUAGCACACUUAUCGGACCCGAAUCAUAGCUAUGCGGACCAUCUCAGGCUGUAUCGCAUACCAUUGUAUCCUGGAUACUGCUCUUGCAUCCGUCGGUCCUGUUACCUCUUUUUACCUUGGGUGUCACUUUCUCCCCACGUUCUCUGCAAAUUAUGUUCGUCCUCGCU